UGUACCAUGAAGUCACAGUUUAGUAUAAUUUUCAUAGCUAUAUUAAGCGUCGUGUGCUGUUAUCCUUCACCGAGUGAAAGUGAUCAAUACGAAAAAUGCAAUUUUCCUGCAGUUGAAUACCCGAUUAAGGUACUAGACACAAUCGACCCAUACUACUACCGCGAGGGCAACGAUGACAUUCUUGGUCCGUUUAGUGCUGAAGUUAAGAACGCAUAUAAAUCACUAAAUGUAGACAAAAAAAUUAAAGAUACACAGUUGAAGCAUUUGAAGUCGAGCGAUGAAGAAAUACAACCUCAAAAAGAUGCUAUCUGUGAAACAAAUGCACAGGGAUCCAAAUGUACCAAUAACGAAGCAAAUGCAGAGGUACCAGCAGAUACUAGUAACGACGCAAAUGAACAGGUACCAGAAGUACCCGGAGACAUUAAUAACGAAGAAAAUGAUGAGAUGUCAGCCGUUAACGGAGAUACUGACAACAAACGAAAUGAAGAAGUACCGGAAGUAGCCGGAAAUGUCAAUAACAAAGCAAAUGAAGAAGUACCACAAGAGCUUGGAAUUGCCAACAACGAAGCAAAUGAAGACAUACCCGUGACACCGAACAAUGCCAACGAGGAAGGAAAUGAAGAAGAAAUACUUGCGGAACCCGAGGAUAAAAAUAAUGAAGAAAAUGAAGAUAUGCUAGCGGAAACACAAGACGCUGACAAUGAAGAAUAUGAAGAAAUACUAGCAGAACCUGAAGAUUCGGACAACGAAGCACCUGAAAAAAUAUUAGCGGAAUCAAAAGUUACCAAGUAUGAAGAAGAAACACCAGUGGGAUCCGAAGUAACCAACGCGGAAGAAAAAACACCAGCGGAAUCCGAAGAUACCAACAUUGAAGAAGAAACACCAGCGAAAGCCGAAGCUACCAACAUUGAAGAAGAAACACCAGCGACAGCCGAAGCUACCAACAAUGAGAGAGAUGAAGAAAAUGUAGACGCGCCAAAAGAAGAGACCAGUGAAUAAUAUGCAGACGGACUU